AUGAUUGCAAUCGAUAAUAGUACAAUGAAUUCUCAUCAUGAAGGUGAACAUACGAUUGGUACAAUGAUUUUAUUUUUGUCAUUUGCCGUCUUGGCUGGAUGUAUAUGCAAAUUAAUACUUUCACAAAUAUUGAAAAAUAAAUUUCCUGCUCCAUUUACAGUAAUCGUACUCAUUUUUGGUUUCACUGUUGGUAUGAUUAUAGGUCAUAUUAAUGUGAUGAGUAAUGAUUUUUUACUUGGUGAAAAAGAAUUGAGAGAAAUUAAUCCUCAUCUUAUUUAUUACAUUUUUCUACCAUUACUCAUAUUCAAUUCUGCUUUUAAUAGUCAUUUUCAUGUUAUUCGACCACAAAUCAUAUCUGCUAUACUUCUAGCUGGUCCCGGUGUGUUCAUUUCUAUUGUUACUAUUGCAGUAUUUGCCAUCUAUAUAUUUCCAUAUCAUUGGUCUUGGCUAGUUAGUAUCAUGUUUGGAAGUAUUCUAAGUGCAACAGAUCCCGUUGCUGUGGUAGCAUUACUACAUGAGUCAGGAGCGAGUAAAUCAUUAGCAGCAUUGAUUGAUCUUGAAUCAUUAUUGAAUGAUGGUUCUGCCUUUGUCAUCUUUACGAUUUUUCGAGAUAUUGUUGUUGGUGGAAGCGGUAGUGCAAGGAAAAUUGUUAUUGAUAUUGUCAAGUUCACUAUUGGUGGUCCAGCUUUCGGAUUUGCUUGUGGCAUUAUUGCUGUGAUUGUUUUGAAUUUAAUCCGUAACGAACUUGAAGUCGAAAUCAUAUCGGUCUUUAGUCUUGCUUAUCUGAUUUUCUACAUUGCUGAUGUUGAACUCGGCAUUUCAGCUGUUCUGACAUUAGUGGUCAUGGGACUUAUCAUGGCCAAAUAUAAAUAUUGUAUCAGCAGUCAUGUGCAACUUCCAAUGGUCAAUACUUGGCGUAUCAUUAUUGAUUUUGCAAAUAUUCUCAUUUUUAUCAUUACUGGUAUUAUUUUGGCUCACUCACUAAUCGGCACGAAAGCCACUAUUGGUGUACUUGAUUUGGGAUUUUCUAUUCUAUUGUAUAUUGCACUUCACAUUGGACGUCUAUUAUCCAUCAUUCUUCUCUAUCCAUUUAUACGUUGGAGUAAUGUACGUUUAUCUUGGAAAGAAUAUAUAGUUCUUAUUUGGAGCGGUUUAAGAGGUAGUAUGCCCGUUAUUUUAGCUUUGAUAGUUAAUUCCGACAAUCGAAUCGAUAUUAUAACACGACAUCGUUUUCUUUUUCAUAUCUGUACACCGGAAAGUGAACGCAUUUUGUUACAAGCUCUCGAACAUAUGCGUAGACAAACGAUGAAUCAACUGCAUAAAAUGAAACAGGAAAAACAAUUUUCUGAUGUCGAUUGGAAUAUGCUCAAUGAAUAUUUACCAGAUAGAUUAGUUCAAAAAAUGGAUGAACAACGAAACACUACUAUUCAUCAACAAUUUUCCGUUGUACCAAGUUUAAUUCAUAAUUUAUCGCCACAUACUUACCGAAAACGUACGAUCACAAAUAUUGAAUUCAAGAAACUUCCAAGUAUAUGUGAGACCGAUAGUGUUCCGAUCAAUUUCAUUUCGGAACAACAGAAUUCAACUCUUAAAUAUAUUGUAUUACCAGUUGGCGAUUUUCGAUCCAAUGAUAAAAAACAAAAUAUAAACUUUCGAAAUGAAUUAAUUAUUCGUUUUCUUACAGCAUUAUUGGUUGAUUAUGAAAAGCAAUGGUAUUUGGGAAUGAUUCGUCGACGAACACUUUACAUAUUGAUUAAAUCAAUCGAAAAAGCUAAACAUCAACAUUCUCUAAAACUUCAUUGGAAAUUGAUCGUUGAACAUUUUCGGUUGUCGAAAUGGUUACAAAUUCUUAUGCAAUUCGAUUGCAUCGAUUGGAUUAAUAAUCAAACCAAUAAAUUAUUAUUUGAUCAUAUCUUUCUCACCAUUGAAUUAACUCUGGCUUUCCAUUCGGCUCGAACUCGAAUGGAUAAUAUUCAAAAGCAAUUUCCUGAAUUAGCUAAUAUUGAUGAACGAAUUUGGCAUGAAGUUUGUCAAGAAACUCAUUUCUAUCAUCUUACUGCUAGUUAUAUUCUUCUCGAUCUACAACAAUCCUACGAAGUUUGUUGGCGAAUUCAUAUGACAAAACGAUGUGCUCAAAUAUUACUCAAAUACGAAUUGAAAACUAUCACUGAACUUUACGAAACAGGAAUGUUGGGUAAUACUGUGUAUUCGCACAUAUUAGAAUUAAUCGAAAAGAAAUUGUUUAAUCUUGAAUUUUAUCGUGUCCAAAUGCCGAAAGGUCAUAAGAAAGCAAUUGAAGAUGCUUUUGACUUAUUACCAAUCUUUCAAUCACUACCUUUGAAUGAAAAAACUCACUGGCAAACGAUUAUGAAAGCAAAACAUAGAUGGUUUCAACCGGAUAAAAUUCUUCUUCGCAAAAGUCAAAGAGUAUUCACUGCUUAUCUUAUUGUUCGAGGUAUUGUUGAAUGUAAAAUGGAUACAAUGCCCAUCUAUUAUCGAUCGGGCAAUAUUGUAGGUAUCGAUGCCUUAUUUUCACAAAACGUUACAGAACAUGGGACUUAUUUUGUCAGUGGAGGACUUUUGGAAGCCUAUAGUAUCGAUGCUGGAUUAUUGGAUCAGUUUUUAAAUGAUGAAAAUUUAGCUCCUUCCAUCUAUCGAGAAAUUGCCCUACAUUUAUUGAGUAAUAAGUAUCAAGCACGUUUGAAAUUGAAUCGUUUACAAUUAAGAUUACUUGUGCAUGAACGAGCGAAAUUCUAUUGGAAACAAUCGGAAAUAUCGAUUCAAUUGAAAGAAAAUCAACGAUUAUUUAUUCUUGCUGGCAAUGUUAUUCAUUUAUUGAAUGGUCAAAAUAAUAAAUAUGAUUCGAUUCAAUUGCAAAUUUUUGAUACUGAAGCCGAAAUUCUUCUUAAUCCGUCGACUGUAGCCUAUUCAUGGACGGAUAAUGAUGAGGAAUUUUGUAUCAAAAAUACCAAUCUUUCCGUUCAUUUUCCAUUACAAACCAGUGGUUUGCUCUCGACUGAGCUACUUUAUCCAGGAUAUUCAGGUAAAACUACGCAAUUUAUCAAACGACAAUUUUCAGCAUCACUUUCGGAUGAUGUGAUAGAUUCCAUUGAUGUUUAA